AUGUCUAAUCCACAAAAUCACAACCCGCUUCCUCCUGAGCCGCAAGGUUCGAAAAAACCAGAUAGCAACCAGCCUGAAGGCAAAAUGAACUGGAAAGUUCUGAUCCUUUUUUCGGUGGCGAUCGGAGUUAUUUUCAUGGCCUUUCACACUGCUCGAAAUACGGGAGUUGAAAAAUUGACUUUGCCCGAAUUUAACCGCGCUUUGAUUGAAAACCGUGUUUUGCGCGAGGCCCCUGAAAAGCUUGGUCAACAGGCACAGCUGCAGUUUGUGACAUUUAAGGGGGAGGCCUACCGCGCUGAGAUUCAUGGUCUUUAUAGUAAGGACAAGCCAUUUGUGACGGACUGGGAAAACACCACGGCUUUCUCCGUGCCCGUCAAUGCCCUAGUCAUGCGUGAUGAAAUUUCCACUCUCUUUGGCGAUCGUAUCGAGUGGAAAAAUGAAGAACAACCCGCACAAACGAGCGAAGAAAUUACUUUCGCGCAGCUCAAAGACCUUCUCGGCAAAAAUAAAAUUGCCCUGCCCGCAAAUACGAAUCUGACGGCCUACUAUACGGAAGAUAACGUCGCAGUGAUUACGGGUAUGAAAGGCACUCCGCAAUAUCCUGAUAUCAAGACCCUGCAAAUCGAUCAGAAAGAAAAAACCGUCGCUCCUUUUUUGGUCAAAGCCAACACCAUUCUCCAGCAGGAGCAACUUUCUAAGAUCCUCGAUGGCAAUAUCAAGACUCGUGAAGAAUCAAAUAUGAUGGGCAGUAUUUUCUUUAGCCUCCUGCCCAUCUUCCUCAUCGUGCUCAUCCUGAUUUUCCUUUUCCGCCAUCAGAUGAAAUCCGCUGGUCGUGGCGCGAUGAACUUCGGCAAAUCCAAAGCGCGCCUUCUUUCCAUGGAUCGCAACAAGGUCACCUUCGACGACGUCGCGGGUAUUCAGGAAGCGAAGGAAGAACUCUGGGAAAUCGUCGACUACUUGCGAGACCCGCGUAAAUUCCAGUGCCUCGGCGGAAGCAUACCGAAAGGCGUUCUCAUGGUCGGUGCCCCAGGAACGGGAAAGACCUUGCUCGCUCGCGCCAUCGCUGGUGAAGCGGAUGUGCCCUUCUUUUCGAUCUCGGGAUCUGACUUCGUAGAAAUGUUUGUCGGUGUCGGUGCGAGCCGGGUGCGCGACAUGUUUGAGCAGGGGAAAAAGAAUGCACCUUGCCUUGUUUUCAUUGAUGAGAUUGAUGCUGUGGGUCGUCACCGUGGUCAUGGGAUGGGUGGGGGACACGAUGAGCGCGAGCAAACUCUGAACGCCCUCCUUGUUGAAAUGGAUGGUUUUGAAACUCAAGAAGGAGUCAUUAUCAUUGCUGCGACGAACCGCCCUGACGUUUUAGACCCAGCUCUCCUUCGUCCGGGCCGCUUUGAUCGUCAAGUCACCGUUUCUCUGCCAGACGUGAAAGGUCGCGAGCAGAUUCUCAAAGUGCAUGUCAAAAAAAUCAAACUUGCUCCCGAGACCGAUCUCGCGGUGGUGGCACGCGGCACCCCUGGAUUUUCUGGUGCCGAACUCGCUAACCUCAUCAACGAAUCCGCCCUCCUCGCCGCCCGUAAAGGUAAAAAAGAGGUCGGCCUUGAAGAAAUGGAAGAAGCUCGUGACAAAGUCCGCUGGGGUCGGGAGCGUCGUUCACUUGCUCUCUCUGAAAAAGAGAAAAAGAACACCGCUUAUCACGAAGCUGGCCACGCCAUUCUUAACGUCAUCCUCGAACACACCGACCCUCUCCAUAAAGUGACCAUCAUCCCGCGUGGUCCCUCACUGGGCUCGACCAUGUUCCUGCCCGAGGAAGAUAAAUUCAACUACCGCAAAAACGAAAUCAUCGACCAACUCAUCGUCCUCAUGGGAGGGCGCGUGGCCGAGGAGAUUGUCUUUGGCGACGUCACAAAUGGAGCGAUGGGAGAUAUCCGCAUGGCGACAAACCUUGCUCGUAAAAUGGUCUGCGAAUGGGGCAUGAGUGAGCAACUGGGCAUGGUCGAAUACGGAGAUGGUGACGGCGAAGUCUUCCUCGCGCGUGACAUUGCAAAAUCGAAAAACUACUCCGAAGACACGGCUCAGAAAAUUGACGGUGAGAUCAAGCGCUUUAUCGACACUGCCUAUGGCCGUGCUAAGCAGCUCCUGCUCGAAAACCGAGAUAAACUAGACCUCAUCUCGCUUGCCCUCCUCGAAUACGAGACCCUCGAUGCGAACCAUGUCAAUGAUCUCAUGCAAAACGGUGAGAUGAAAGAUCCUCCUGAGGCUCCCAAGCCCCCAGAAGCUCCCGAUGACAUCGAGCCUGAAAAAGUAGCCGAGCCCAAAAAAGAAUCUCGUGAAGAUGAUGGCGAUCCCCUCGCGGGUGAACCAGGCGGACAACUGACCACCACCACUGAAGUCGAGAACUACCCCGGCUUCCCAGAAGGGAUCAUGGGGCCAGAGCUCAUGGGUAACAUGCAGAAACAAGCUGAGAAGUUUGGAGCGCGCGUCGAAUAUAAAACCGUGGACCAGAUCAUCCGAAAUGACGACGGCACCUUUACCCUCAAGUGCGGUGGCGACGAGAUCCAAUCUAAGACCGUCAUUAUCGCCACUGGAGCCGCCCCGCGCCACCUUGGGUUGCCCAACGAGAAAGAACUCAUUGGCCAUGGCCUGGACUUCCUGCGCCACCUGUGA